CUCCCCAGCGGCACCAUGUCACUCUCCGUGCGCACCUCUGGGCUGUCCCAGCGGCUGUCUUCCCAGGGUGGGACCCUGGGCAGAGCCAGGGGCACGUCGGCCUCAAGCAUUGGAAGCAGCUACGGGGGAAGUGCCUUUGGCUUCGGCGGCAGCUCUGGGGGAGGCUUUUCUGCUGCUUCCAUGUUUGGUUCUGGCUGUGGCUUUGGUGGCGGCUCUGGGAGUUCCUUUGCAGGAGGACUGGGUGCUGGCUAUGGGGGUGCCAGUUAUGGGGGCGCCGGCUAUGGGGGAGCUGGGGGAGGUGGCUUUGGGGGCCUGGGGAUUGGAUUUGGAGGUGGCUCUCCAGGGAUUCUCUCAGGCAACGAUGGAGGCCUUCUUUCUGGAUCAGAAAAGGAAACGAUGAAAAAUCUUAAUGACAGAUUGGCUUCCUACCUGGAUAAGGUUCGGGCUCUAGAAGAAGCUAACACUGACCUAGAAAACAAAAUUCGAGAAUGGUACGAAACACGUGGAUCUGGGACUGGAGACCCCAGGUCACAGAGUGAUUACAGCAAAUAUUUUCCAUUGAUUGAAGAACUCAAGAAUAAGAUCAUUUCUGCCAGCAUUGCAAACGCCCAGCUCAUCUUGCAGAUCGACAACGCAAGACUGGCUGCCGAAGAUUUCAGAAUGAAAUACGAAAACGAGGUGGCCCUGUGCCAGAACGUGGAGGCCGACAUCAACGGGCUGCGCAGGGUGCUGGACGAGCUGACCCUGGUCAGAGCCGACCUGGAGACCCAGAUCGAGACCCUGAACGAGGAGCUGGCCUACCUGAAGAAGAACCACGAGGAGGAGCUCCAAAGCUUCCGGGCGGGAGGCCCAGGCCAGGUCAGCGUAGAAAUGGACGCUGCACCCGGAGUGGACCUCACCAAGCUCCUCAACGACAUGCGGGCGCAGUAUGAAGCCAUCGCUGAGCAGAAUCGGAAGGAUGCAGAAGCCUGGUUCAUCGAAAAGAGCGGGGAGCUCAGGAAGGAGAUCAGCACCAACACGGAGCAGCUUCAGUCCAGCAAGAGCGAGGUCACCGACCUGCGACGCGCGCUUCAAAACCUGGAGAUCGAGCUCCAGUCCCAGCUCGCCAUGAAGAAAUCCCUGGAGGACUCGCUGGCGGAAACCGAGGGCGACUACUGCGCCCAGCUGUCCCAGGUGCAGCAGCUCAUCGGCGGCCUGGAGGAGCAGCUGCUGCAGGUGCGCGCCGACGCCGAGCGCCAGAACGCCGACUACCAGCGGCUGCUGAACGUCAAGGCCCGCCUGGAGUUGGAGAUCGAGACCUACCGCCGCCUGCUGGACGGCGAAGCCCAAGGUGACUGUUGGGACGGAAGUUUAUAUGUGACAGCCUCCACAUCUCAGGCACCAUCCACUGACUCCUCUAAAGACCCUACCAAAGCUCGAAAAAUCAAGACAAUUGUGCAGGAAGUGGUGAAUGGGGAGGUGGUCUCAUCGCAAGUUCAGGAAGUUGAAGAACUAAUGUAAAAUUUCGCACGAUCUGCCCCAUGAUUGGUUCCUUAGGAACAAGAAAUCUACAAGAAGAAAU